AUGGGUUUCUGCAUUGUUUGUGGAAUAGCAACGGAUCGUUGCAAUACAAUAGGAAGUCGUCGAUUGGAAAUGGAAGGCGAAAUAAUGUUGUCCAUUGUAAGACAAUGGAUUGCACCAAAAACGGCAAGUGAAAGUGAUAUUAUUUGUCAUUCAUGCUACAAUGCUGCCAACAGUGUAGCCAAUGAUGAUGAGAGACCAGAAGCUGAAGAAGCACCUUUGGGACACCGUCGCGUGUGCACACUUUGUGGACGUUCUCUGUUACGCCGUAUAAGAUAUCAUCCAUUGAGAAUAGGUUCCGCUCAAGACCGGAAAAUAAUAGAAGUUGUAAAGGAAUGGAUUAUCCCACGCGCGAUGAGUGUUUCAACCUUUUUGUGUCACUCUUGUUGGAUGAGAGCAUCAAGAGCUUCCCGCCAUUUUCAUUCGGGCCCCUCUACAUCUGCUGCUUCUUCAGUGCCCGUUAACGAACCAAGUUCCGGAGGCUCUCUGAAUAUUCAAGACUCUCCAGCUCCAUUGCAACAAUCCCAAUCAGCGAGAAGGCCUCAUGUCAAUACAAUUGUUUUACCUGAGUAUUUUAGACCAGUGGAAACACAAAAUAGAUGUUUUGUUGAAGGAUGUUGCGGAAGUGAAAGAAACCGAGUAACUCCUUCCAUGCGAAGGCAAUUAUUAAAAAUGUACAAUUAUUAUGUGCCCCCAAAUAACAGAUUAUGUGACUAUCACUUGACUUGCACAUCAUCGGACUUCCUUAAUGAUAUAUCAAUGAAUAUCAUUAAUGUAUUCAAUGCAGACCAUAUCCAAGAUAUGUUAACUUUAAAAGACGCUGAAGUCAAUUUCCUUGAUUUUGAAGAUUUUGAAAUUGACAGCUCUUUGAAUGGCAAAGACGCUAUUAUACAAUAUUAUUGUAAUUGCAUAGUUGGGAAACGAACAGUAGGUUGCUGUGCCCACAUAAUUAGUAUUAUAUGUAAGUUCGUGAACAGCAUCAGUUGCUGA